CACUAUCUUACUAACAUCAGGCUCUUGUCUACCAAGAAGACCUGAGAUGAGCUAGCGUUGAAGGCACAAAUUAGAUCUCCAUCUGGAAAAUAUAGUGAGUACCCCUGCUGCCUCUACGGCCUUUGUACAACUUCGUUUGCCUCCCUCUGAAGUACUUAGAAUAUUCACAACACAAGAACCACCAAUAUGUCGUUUUUCUCAUUGCAUUUCUUUUCCCAGGUUGUGUUGCGUGUCGCAACCAGUCUAGGCGAAGACCCGGUAAUGUGUGCCUACAUCUCCGCGUGUGCUGUGUCACUGAUGUCUUUCGUAGGAGUCGUAACACUAGGGUUGCUCAGAAUCGACUCCAUCAAAGGCCCGGUCGAGUACCUUUGUCUCUGUUUCGCAGGCACUGCUCUAGCUGGAGACGCCUUGAUGCACUUGCUGCCUGAAGCGUAUGGAGUGCAUAGUCAUGGACCAUCAGAGGAGGAAACGAGUGCAAAGAAGAGCCAUCAACAUGACCAGUCAUCGGGCCAAGGUCAUUCCCACGACCACCAUGGCACUGAUGUAUACGACACUCCUUUGUUCAUAGGCUUCAUGGCAGCUUUGGGUGCAUUGUCGCUGCUGGUACUGGACGGCUUGGUACAUGACCACAGUGGUCACGAGCAUGAGCAUUCUCAUCUAGAAGCAAACGUCUCUAGAAGCAAAAGCUCAACUACGAAGAGAAAGUCAACUCCCUCCAUCAGUAUGAAGCGUGGGAAGACUCCAAAACGUGGGAAAACUCCGGUCCCGAUUACGAUGAAAUCGAAAUCCGCCGCGACUACGAAGAAAAGCAAUCUGCUAAGCGAGAAGUGGACCUUCCUGAACCGGAUUACCUCGAAAAGCACUACAACUCAGGCCACUAAAGUAGAUGAUGAUGGAUUUGAACUGGUGGACGAACACGGAUCAGCUACAAAAAGAACAGCGCUUUCUUCUAUUAAGGCUACAACACGAAAUCUCCCAUUUUCAGAGGCAUCUUGGGUGGUCCCGUUUGUUUUUAAAGGGACCCAAGAAGGAGACCCAAGAUGCUGCUGAAGAGGGAUUUCCAUUUCUCUUAGCUCUAAGAAAUCUACCUGCUCUUCCUCUACAGUAGUAAAGAGUUUCGGGUUCGCGAAUCUCUUGGUCGAGCUGGUCCACAAUUUCGUGGAUGGCAUUGCUAUCGGUAUUGCGUGGACGACGGGAGGGCCUCUGUCUGGUGUGAACACUACGGUCGCAAUUGUUUUACACGAAAUCCCGCAGGAGUUGGGCGAUUUCAUGGUUUUACGCUUAGCUGGGUUCCCGAUCAAACUGCUGCUGUUUUGUUAAGGCUCAAAUAAUUGUCUUAAAAGUAUUGGUUUUUAUGGAUAUGGUCUACUCUAAUUCCCGAACUUCGUGGUCAGCCUCAGUACAAUUCUAGGAGUAUACCUGUCCGUUUCCUUGCUCACGCUGCACGAGUUGACCCACCUGAAGAAAACCUUGGUUGCACUCACCGCGGGAUCAUUUUUGAGUCUGAGUUUUUACCUCAUCUUCCCGCAGAUGAAGAAAUCAAUCGAUACCCAUCAUCCUGAACAUCCACCUAGCAUUUUGGAAGAUGCUGACGAAGAUGAAUCAAGUGGUAACAAAAUGAAGAAGAAAAAGCCAUCCUCAUCCUCUUCAGCAAAGGGGGGACCACGUUUGGGUCGUCGUGGAGCGUUUCUGAUGUGUUGCGUGGUAGGUUUUUUCUCGUUAUGCACAGUCUACGAAGUAGGGAUGAUAGAAGAGCGGGCGGCGCAUGCUGGUUCGUCUGGUGGGGAAGAAUCAGCUGCUGCUAAAAAGAGUGCGAGUAAUCACCAUCAUCACCAUCACAAUCAGGAGAAAGCUAAGGUUCAUGUGAGGAAAAGCAGGACGAAGGAGUUGUGAUUUGGUCGUUCCCCCGUUUGUUCUUGAUGUGUGUAAACAAAUAGAUACUGUAAUACUCGAACGCGAAUCGUAUCACUACCCUGAACAAUGCACACUGCAGUAUGACAAAAUAGAACAUAAUCUGAGUGCUGGUCACGCUAUCCACAUGAGUGGUCACGCUAUCCUCUGCAUAAUAUCCCUAAAACAAGGAGAAUUCAUGUUAUGAACAUCCAUUUCUCAACUCCUCGUCCUCGCGUGCCUGAGAAAGUUCUUUGACCCGAACCUCUAUCAUGAGUGUUACUUAAAUUUAUAAGCAAUCAACUUUCAGCGCCAGAAGAUACGGAAUUGCAAACGCACUACUUACAUUGUCAUCAAUGCCUGAUACCACUGGAU